AUGGUGUCCUCGAUACAAGCCACCACAGGAGCCCACUGGUGGCUCACGCUGAUUGGCUCCACCCUCGCUCUCCGCCUGGCGCUCUUCCCCCUCACGUGGCAUCAGAUGAGCAUCAGCUCCCAGCUCGCUGCCCUGGGACCCAAACAUGAGCAUCAGCUCGUGGCUCGAUGCCCUGGGACCCAAAUUGCCCCGCCCUUCCGUCUCCCCGGCAGUAACAUGACAUGGCAGCAGGCGUGGGCCAUGAGGCAGAGGAGGAGGAGAGUAGGGCAAGCCACUGCCCCCUCCCUUCCCACUCCCCGGCAGUGGCAUGACAUGGCAGCAGGCAUGGUCGCUGAGGCAGAGGAGGAGAAGGCGGACGAGAGGGGCGGGCCAUGUACUGAUCCCAACUCUGGCAUGACAUGGCAGCAGGCAUGGGCGCUGAGGCAGAGGAGGAGGAAACAGUUGAACGCGCCCUCUGCGCUCUGGCUGCUCGCUGCUCCUGCUGUGCAGGUAGGGUGGAAGAAGGGUGAAGUGAGGGGGAUAUUCACCCGUUCCCUCCCUCACUCCCACUGCUACCCCAUGCCAUGCCAUCCCACCGCAUCCCACCAGAUCCCACUCUUCUUCACCUGGAUCUUCACCAUGCGUCACAUGGCGCUAUCAGCGCACCCAGGAUUCGAUGUGGGCGGGUGUCUGUGGUUCGAGGACCUCACAGCGUUCCCUCAAGGCGUGCUGGGUUGGGUCUUUCCCCUCUUCAUCGCUGGAUCAUUCUACUCCUCGCUGCAGGUGAUGAUGCCGCUGCACAAGAUGGGUGUGCACACUGCGUCUGACAAGGCCAUGCUGCUUCACUCUUCAUCUCCUUCCCCUUCUCUCGAUCCACCCCCUCUUUUCAUUCCCCCCCUUCUCCUCUCCUUCCACUUCCGUGACUAUAGUCUAUACCAGGCAGUGCACGUGUACUGGCUCACCAACAACACCUUCACUCUCGCUCAUCAUCAUACCUGUUUAUCCACCUCCACCUCUUUCUACCCCUCUUUAACUCGUUUCACUGUUGUCCACUCCUCCUUCCCCACACCCCAGGCAGUGCACGUGUACUGGCUUACCAACAACACCUUCACUCUCGCUCAGGUGCCCACCCUACCCCUCUGCAUCCCUUCCCAUCAUUUCCUUCACUCCCCCUCCCUUCACUUCCCAUCCCUUCACCUCCCAUCCCUACCUCUCCUGCAUCUUCCCUUCCCAUCCUUCCCAUUCCUUCCACCCUUUUCGUCCCUUGCCAUCUCUUUCCAUCCCUUCUUAUCCCAUCCAAUUCUUUCACCUACCUCGCCUUCCCAUGUCUUAUCGUCCCUUCCUUCUCAUCCCUUGCCAUCUCCUCCCAUCCCUUCUCAUGCCAUGAGAUUCCUUCUCCUACCUUCCCUCCCAUCCCUUCUCCUCCCUUCCCGUCCAACUCCUUCAUCCCUCUCCAUGCCACUGCACGCCCCUGUAUCUCUCCUCCGCAUGAAUCUGUUUUCCCUCAUCCAUUGCCUUCGCCUUGCCUUGCCUUGCCUCUCAGCUUUUGAGACGUCUCAAAAGUCAUCCAUUGCCUUCGCCUUGCCUUGCCUCUCAGCCUGCCCCCCAUCGCACACCUGCAUGCCAUGCAGCAUGAAGCCAGAACACCAUCGCAUUGGCUCUGCGAUCCCCCACCAUCCGUCAAGCCGUAGAUCCCCCACCAUCCGUCAAGCCUUAGGUCUACCCACCAUGGCACAGCUACAAGCCUUGCAGCAGCAGUAUCACGCUCGGGCUGCUGCAUCCUCUAGCCCUGCUGCUGCUGCGAAUGGUGCUGGGAAUGGUGAUGCCACCAGUUUUGGAGGCGCGGGGAGUGUGGGGGGGUUGAUAUCAGAGCAGGAGAUUGCGCGGAUGACAAACCCACAUACUUUGCUUCUGGCUGCAGCACAACUCAAGGCGGCAGGCAGCGUGGAUCUAGCUGCUUGCGCUCUGAGGCGUGUUCUGGAGAUUGACCAAUCAGCAUCCUCUGCAUGGCUGGGAUUGGGUCAGAUGCACAGCGGUGCAGGGCGGUGGGUGGAGGCAGCUGAAUGCUUCUCCCAGGCAAUAAACCACUCUAAGGAGCGUGCUGACGUGGCAGUACAGCUGGCAGCUCACCUGGGCGCGGGUGUGGCAUUGGCACAGCAGAGCCGCCCUUUAGAGGCAAAGGCACUGCUGCAAGUGGCAGCAGAAACGGUGCUGGAGGGGGAGCAGAGGCGAGACCCUCUGAACCGCCGGCGACACGCACAGGCCAUGCUGGCCCUCGCAAGCCUCUUGAGUGCAGAGGGAAACCGCAGGGAGGCGAGGAAGUGGGUGGUAGCAGCAGCAGACUACGACCCUUCUGUGCUGGAUACAUUCGGACAGGAGCUUGAGGGAGAGGGGGAGGAGGAGAAGGGCGUGGUAAGAGAGUGGGUGGCAGCCGGUGCAGACUACGGCCCUUCUGUGCUGUACACGUUCACAGGGGAGCUUGAAGGCGAGGAGGAGGAGGGGGCGUGGUGCAAUGGAAAGGAGGGGGUGUGUGAGGGCAACACCCUGGCUCUGAAGUGGGUGGCAGCCGGUGCAGACUACGGCCCUUCUGUGCUGUACACGUUUACAGGGGAGCUUGAAGGCGAGGAGGAGGAGGAGGAGGAGGAGGAGGAGGAGGAGGAGGAGGAGGAGGAGGAGGAGGAGGAGGAGGAGGAGGAGGAGGAGGAGGAGGAGGAGGAGGAGGAGGAGGGGUGUGCGGUGCAAGGAAAGAGGGGAGUGGUGUAA